ACUCGGGCGCUCCCCCGCGCACUCGCGCGUUAGGAGGCUUGGGUGUGUGUGGCCCGCUGUCUUCCCGCCCGCGUCAGGGACCUGCCCGACUCAGCGGCUGCCAUGGCAUCAGACGAAGGCAAGCUUUUCGUGGGAGGGCUAAGCUUCGAUACCAACGAGCAGGCACUGGAGCAGGUCUUCUCCAAGUAUGGGCAGAUCUCUGAAGUGGUGGUGGUAAAGGACAGGGAGACCCAGCGAUCCCGAGGCUUUGGGUUUGUCACCUUUGAGAACAUUGAUGACGCUAAGGACGCCAUGAUGGCUAUGAAUGGGAAGUCUGUGGAUGGGCGGCAGAUCCGAGUUGACCAGGCUGGCAAGUCUUCUGACAACCGGUCCCGGGGAUACCGGGGUGGUUCCGCUGGAGGCCGAGGCUUCUUCCGCGGAGGACGCAGCCGGGGCCGUGGGUUCUCUAGAGGUGGGGGAGACAGAGGCUAUGGAGGUGGCCGCUUUGAUUCCCGGAGUGGAGGUUAUGGAGGCUCCAGAGACUACUAUGCCAGCCGGAGUCAGGGUGGCAGCUAUGGUUACCGGAGCUCGGGCGGGUCCUACAGAGACAGCUAUGACAGUUAUGGUAAGUCUGGCUCCAAGGACGCCACCUAAUGGCCUGCGGUUGGGCUUGGUGAACCCUUGUGCCCUCAGCAACUUAGGCCACUCAGCCUGGGGCACAGCUCCCAGAACUGCCGCACAGGACAGGGCGCCAGGUGCAUGGGACCCUGUGCCACCUCCCGUGCGGGCGGAGCACAAGCUCCAGUGCCUUUACACUGUCCGCUUCUGUUCUCAGCUACACACAACGAGUAAAAGCCCUCUGCGUCCAGAUCGUCCUUCCAUGGCUGUAAUUAAGAUGGGGGAGCUUCGCUGAACGUUGUGUAGUGAGCACCUUGUUCCCACUUUUGUAGUCCUUUCCGUUCUGACCCAUCAACAGCCUGCUUCUGACCGAGAUGGCCUCGUGACCAGACUUUUCUUUUUAAGGAAGCGCUGUCUUUUUAAGCAUUAUAAAAAACGUUUUUGAAAGUACUUCAGAUUUUACUUUUUUACAAUGAGCCAUGGGUUUUUGUUUUUUCUAAAUUGUCUGGGUUGUGUGGGUUUUUGGUUGCUUGUUUUUGUUUUUUUCGGGUUUUUCGGUUGUAUUGUUUUUUCUUUUUUGUGUGGUCGCCCAUGAAGUCUGGCACCCCACCCCUCCUGGGAUGAAAUGGACUCUAUUUGAGCAAGCCAUGGCUCUCCAGCUCCCCAGCUCCGCUGCGGAGCACAGCAGGUCCUGCCCAUUGGGCACAGGGCGCGGCCCAUGGGGAUGCAUAGCAGUCCAGCAGGCUGUGGAAGUGUUUAUUUAUAUUGUCCUUUUUUUACCGAAGACAUGCAUACUCCAUCGAUGUUGUAUUCACAGUGGCUAAGGAAUUCUUGUAUGCAGUUUCUUUGGCUUCACGAAGCUGAUUAAAAGACGGUGUGAAACGAA